AUGGGGAAAUUGAUCAGAAUGGGGGCACGGGAGAGGCAGUUACUCCGGUUAAAGCGGCUUCGUUGGAGUCGCCUUCUCUUCCUGUUGGGAAUGUUGAUCGUCAGUUCCACCUACCAGCACCUGAGGAGCCCCCGGGCCCUCUCCUCAUUGUGGGCAGCAGUCUCCUCCCAACAUCCUAUAAAACUGGCCAGCCGUGACCUCCCUGACAAUGAGAUGAUGAUGGUGAGCAGUGACCCUCCAAAAGCUAGCUCUGAAAUGGAAGAUGACACACUGGUGCCCCAAGCCACGGUGGGCAGGGGUGAAGCAACAAUUGGGAUAACAAUGAAGAAUACACACAAUCCACCCAGAAGAAUAGCCAAUGUCACUCCAACAAAACCCAAGAAUAAGUACAGCCUAACAGCAGGAGACACAGGAAGAGUGAAGGAAGACAGCACAACUACACCCAGUGGAGUAUUGAGUCACUACACCCCAACAUCAAACAGACCAACAGGGAAGAAUUACACCCCAACACCACCACCCAGGGGAGAAAUGAAGAGUUACCGCUCAACUCAAGUUGAGGGAAAGGUGAAGAAAUACACCCCAUCUUCACUUGGUAGAAUAGUAGGCAAUUAUGCCCCAUCCACACUCAUGACAAUGACAAGGACCCAUGGGACCACCCCCAGAACAACAGUGAAAGAUAGUGAAACUAUGACAACCACCAAAAUAUUGGAGACCAACCCCUCUAAGAGAAUGGUGGCAGAAACCACCCCAACUACAAUCAAGGAAAUAAUUAACACCCCCAUUUUCCCAAUAAAUGACAUAGAAACAAACAUCUUGACUUCUCCAAGGAGUAGGAGGGAAAAGAACACUGCAACUACUCCCAGAACAGUGGACAGUAAGAGCUCAACCAAGCCUCGGGGGUUAGUGGGAAAGAACAAGCUGACAUCUUCUCCAGGAACAGUCCUAGAGCCCACCGCAGCCAUCUCUGAGGAGCAAGUGAUGAUAAGCACCAUGACAGGCAGUACCCCAACAGAAACCAAAGACUCUACUGCUACCUGGAGUGUUAGUAAUCUUCUUUCCAGUACCAGUGCAUUGGCCAUUGGAAUAUCCUCAGCCACCUACUGGGGGCUGGAAAAGAAAUCUUCCAUAGCACCCAGGACCUCAACAACCUCUAAAGUCAGGGUACAUCCAACGACCCAGGUCCAUCACUGUGUGAUUGUGGAGCCAGCCCCAGCUGUGCCCACUGUCCCCUCCCCUAAACUAACAACAGCCAUGAACCCAGAGGCACGCAGUUCCAGUCCCUCGGCGCUGCCCCCGGGCUGGCCAGACCUUCACUCCAAGGGAGAGUACCCCGCAGACUUGUUCAGCAUAGAGGAGCGGCGGCAGGGCUGGGUGCUGCUGCACAUCUUUGGCAUGACAUAUGUGUUUGUGGCCUUGGCCAUCGUGUGUGAUGAGUUCUUCGUCCCAGCCCUGGGUGUCAUCACUGAUAAGCUACAGAUCUCGGAUGAUGUGGCAGGUGCCACCUUCAUGGCUGCUGGAGGCUCUGCCCCCGAGCUCUUCACCUCCCUCAUUGGCGUCUUCAUCUCCCACAGCAAUGUGGGCAUUGGUACCAUCGUGGGCUCUGCUGUGUUCAACAUCCUCUUUGUCAUUGGCACCUGUGCCCUCUUCUCCCGGGAGAUCCUCAAUCUCACCUGGUGGCCCUUAUUCCGUGACGUCUCCUUUUACAUCCUUGACCUGAUAAUGCUCAUUGUCUUCUUCCUGGACAACCUCAUUGCCUGGUGGGAAAGCCUGCUGCUGCUACUGGCCUAUGCCUUCUAUGUGUUCACCAUGAAAUGGAAUAAGCAGCUAGAGAUGUGGGUGAAAGAGCAGCUCAGCAGGAGGCCAAUGGCCAAGGUCAUAGCCCUAGGGGACCUCAGCAAGACAGGCAAUGGGACAGUUGCCGAGGAUGAGCUUCAGGAAAACAAGAAGCUAAAGCUCCCAGCAGUGCUGACUCGAGGGAGCAGCUCCAACUCUCUGCACAACAGCACCAUCCGCAGCACCAUCUACUGGCUCAUGAUUCACAGCCUGGACCCUCUGGGAGAAGCCAGUUCCACCAAGGACAAGGAGGAGGAGAGCUUGAAUCAGGAGACCAAAGCCAAGCCUCAUGCUAAUGCAGAAAACAAACCAGAAGAGGAGGAGUCAGCCACGCUUCCUGUGGUCACGGUCACACCAGCCCCUGCUCCAGAUGUCAAGGGAGAUCAGGAGGAAGAUCCUGGCAGUCAGGGAGGAGAUAUGGCUGGAGCUGAGAGCACAGGUAACAUAGUAGAUGAAGAGGCUGAAGCCUCUGGUGAAGGUGGAAAUGGAGAGCAAGGUGGAGGUAAGACUCAACUGGAAGGUGAAGGUGAAAUUGAAGCAGAAGGAGAAGGUGAACAUGGAGAUGAACUCCAAGCAGAAGAUGGUGAAAUGAAAGCUGAUGAAGGUGAAAAUGAAGAGCAGGAAUUCAAUGCUGAGAGUAAAGGUGAAGCCAAAAGUGACAAGAAAGGUACAGAUGGUGAAGGGAGAGGUGAUGGGAGUGAAGAUGGGAGUGAAGAUGAAGAGGAGGAGGAGGAAGAGGAGGAUGAUGAGGAAGAAGAGGAGGCAAAUGAGGAGCCUUUGUCCCUGGAGUGGCCCGACACCAGGCAGAAGCAGGCCAUUUACCUCUUCCUCCUGCCAAUUGUGUUCCCACUGUGGCUGACGGUCCCCGACGUCCGGAGGCUGGAGUCUAGGAAGUUUUUUGUUAUCACCUUCCUGGGAUCCAUCGUGUGGAUAGCCAUGCUCUCAUACCUCAUGGUCUGGUGGGCUCACCAGGUUGGUGAAACAAUAGGGAUUACGGAAGAGAUUAUGGGUUUGACGAUCCUGGCAGCAGGCACAUCCAUUCCUGACCUCAUCACCAGUGUGAUUGUCGCUCGGAAAGGCCUGGGAGACAUGGCUGUGUCAAGCUCUGUGGGCAGUAACAUAUUUGAUAUCACGGUGGGCCUGCCUAUUCCUUGGUUGCUGUUCUCUCUUAUCAAUGGAUUACAGCCUGUUCCCGUCAGCAGCAACGGCUUGUUUUGUGCAAUUGUUUUGCUUUUUCUCAUGCUCCUGUUUGUGAUCUCUUCAAUUGCAUCAUGCAAAUGGAGAAUGAACAAGAUCCUGGGCUUCACAAUGUUCCUCCUUUACUUUGUGUUCCUGAUCAUCAGUGUGAUGUUAGAAGAUCGAAUCAUUUCCUGUCCUGUAUCUGUCUGAGGCAGAGUCACUGUUGCUCACAACGGACGUGGAUCAGAAAACCAUGCCAGAAGCGACCGGACUUGUUACAUUAAUGAAAGAAUGAACAUGGUCUGUGAGAGAGACCAGAGUGGCAAAGAGCCUCUGAUGGGAAUGUGAUCGGGGGCUGAACGUUAGUCUUGGAAACCCCCGAAGUUUGUUGUGGAUUAACAGCCCCACCUCUGGAGGGAUGGAGUUCCUCCCCCUGCCUGAUCUCAGCAGCUCUGACAUGGAGGCCAGUAGAAGGACCUCUGGAGCCAGAGGGUUUUUGGAAUGAGGGGUCAUUUGGGGGUUAAGGCUGGGACAGGCACAGGAGCAGGACAAGCUCCUAUGGUCACGGUUCCCUGAUCAUUCCUGAAAGGCUGCUGAUCCAAAGAUACAGAUGUGGUCUACACCCCACCCCUUGGCCUCUGCCCAAGCACACACUGAAACUCGCCAUCCCCUCUUUUUCUGUUUAAAACAUGAGGUUCUUCCAGGUUUGUAAACAUUACACGUCCAGUUAUUGGUGCAUUUAAGGAGCUAAGACUAGGAGGAAAAAAAAAAGUAUAACAGGAAUCAGUGAUCAUUAUACACUGUAGUUCAGUAAAAUGUGUACUGAUACUUGAUGGCUUCAAAGGACUCCCUUAGCUCUUAUUGUUGCAUUUCUGAAAAGUGAAAUUAAAAUAAGUAGCCCCCCAAAUUAAAAUGUAUAAUGUACCCUUGAACUGGAAAGGGGGAUGAGAUAUUAGGGAGGGCUAUUUAAGAAUAUGUACUUACUAGAAAAUCCAAAUUACUGUUGUAUCCAUCAAGUGGUCACCUUGGGAGAUUAGGCAGUCAUACAAAGCUGUCCUGGCUUUGCUCCUCCAGCGUGUUCUCACCUAACAGUGACAAAUGCUACUAGUGAGUCAGAAGGGGAGUGAUUUUAAAAAGAGUCCAAAAUCAGUAGGGCCAAGUCUGCUGCAUAAAGUAAGAGAUCUUGAAGGGUAAUGCUGUUUUUGUAUGGCAACCUACAUUGGAUUAUAAAGCAAGAUUGAUUCCCUGUGUGGAAAUGUGGGUCUUCAGGCAAUUACAAAGGAGAAAUUCCAAAAAUGCUUAACAUAGUAACAUGGUGAGAAAGAGAGUAUUACUACUUACUUCUAAUAGCUAGUGUAAAAGACUUUUGUGUUUUUAAAAAUUGUGUGGUUAUUUAAACAUUGCAUGUGGAAUUCGAAGUGCUUGUAUGUUAAAUACCACUGCUUGCUGCUCUUACUAGCAUUGAGUUUGGGGACACAUUAGAAAUGAAGGAGUUCUAUGUCCCCGGUCAGAGCAAAAGGAGCUCAGGUGACUAUAGAUUAUGAUGGUAAAGAUGGCUUUAAUUACAAACAUGAGGGGAUUCAUUGAAGACUGGAAGAUAGCAGGACAGAUGUGAUGUGGGAAAAAAAUCAAAUAUUUUGGUGUUGAAGGGCUGUACUAGAAAUACUUCAGUACAUAAUCCAUCUCUUAAGAUGGGCUGAUUAAUUAAUGGCCUCAUUAGCCCCAGAUUCACAUUCUUUGGAAAUGACUUUUAUUAAAUUUUAAUGUCAUGA